UCUGUAUAUUUUUGACUUGUCGCCCGGUUUCAGGGUUCUGCAGAUUUCCCCUCCCACUCCCCAUUUUCUGGUAUUCUUAUCCACUUGCCUUGUAAGAACUUUAUCAUAGGCCGAAGAGCUGAUCUAACUGAAGACUGAGGGCUUAAAUUGCUGCAAUUUGGGAAGCAUAUGCUGACUUAUUGUUAUCAUCUUCCUAUAAACCAACACAAACACAUUGGGUUUCUGGCUGACUUUGUUGAAUAGAUUUUGUUACUUUUUCAAACGCAUCAUGGUGUUGCCUCAAAGAGUCGAUCUACAUGCGCUCCUUACUGUGUGUUGUUGCGUGAUUCUUCUUGCCGAUUCCCAGAGAAUAGACCCUACAGAAGUCACUGCUUUACGAUCAGUUAAGAGAAGUUUGAUUGAUCCUAAAGAUAAUUUGAGAAACUGGAACAGAGGAGACCCUUGCAGGUCAAAUUGGACAGGAGUUCUCUGCUUCAAUGAGAUUGGAACUGACGAAUACCUCCAUGUCCGAGAACUCCUGCUGAUGAAUAUGAAUCUCUCCGGAAGUUUGUCACCAGAACUCCGUAAAUUAGUUCAUCUCGAAAUAUUAGAUUUCAUGUGGAACAAUUUAAGUGGUUCAAUUCCGAAGGAGAUAGGACAGAUAUCAUCCCUGGUACUAUUGCUGUUGAAUGGAAACAAACUUUCAGGCCCUUUACCAAGCGAACUCGGCUAUCUUUCGAACUUGAACAGGUUCCAGAUAGAUGAGAAUAACAUCACAGGGCCAAUACCAAAGUCCUUUUCCAAUUUAAAGAAAGUGAAACAUCUUCACUUUAACAAUAAUUCGUUGAGCGGCCAGAUUCCAGUAGAGCUUUCCAAUCCUACAAACAUCUUUCAUGUGUGAUUGUCAAACUAAAUUUACAUGCUGCUAGAAAACAACAAUUUAUCCGGAAAUCUCCCACCACAACUCUCUGCAUUGCCAAACCUGCAAAUCCUGCAACUGGAUAAUAAUAACUUCAGUGGAUCAGAUAUCCCAGCUUCCUAUGGAAACUUUUCGAGUAUAUUGAAGCUGAGUCUUAGAAAUUGUAGUUUGAAAGGGGCUCUUCCUGAUUUUAACAGGAUACAUCGUCUCAAAUACCUCUGGAAUGAGCUCACAGGACCUAUACCUUCUUCUAAUCUUUCUAAGGAUGUGACAACCAUUGACUUAUCAAACAAUAUACUUAGCGGAUCCAUUACGCAGAGCUUCUCAGAUCUCCCUCUGCUUCAAAUGCUAUUGUUGAAGAACAAUGUGUUAUCUGGAUAUGUCCCUGAUUCCCUCUGGCAGAAUAUCUCAUUACUUAAGAAAGCUAGACUUCUACUUGAUCUCAGGAAUAAUAAUCUAUCACAUGUUCAAGGAGAUCUAUCUCCUCCAGAAAAUGUCACUUUAAGGCUUGAUGGUAAUCCGAUUUGCAAGAACAGAAGUAUAUCAAACGCAGACCUCUUUUGUGAAUCCAUAGGAAAGGAGUGGACACCAUUACCAACCAACUCAACUACUUCUGUUCUGGAUUGUCCUCCUCUAGCCUGUCCCACUCCUGACUUCUACGAAUACAGUCCAGCAUCCCCGUUACGAUGCUUCUGUGCAGCGCCUCUCAGGAUUGGAUAUCGUCUGAAAAGUCCUAGUUUUUCAUACUUCCCUCAAUAUGUUGAUCAAUUUGGCGAGUAUGUUGCCGAUUUUCUUCAAAUGGAACCAUACCAACUCUGGAUCGACUCAUAUCAAUGGGAGAAAGGGCCUCGUCUUAGGAUGUAUCUGAAACUUUUUCCGAAAGUUAAUGAAAUCUAUACAAGAACAUUUAACACGAGUGAAGUUGUCAGAAUCCGAGGCAUAUUCGCGUCAUGGAGAUUUCCCGGUAGUGACUUAUUCGGCCCAUAUGAGCUGCUCAACUUCACUCUGCAGGGGCCUUAUUCAUAUGUUGACUUCAACAAUGAAAGGAAAGGCGUCAGCUGGGGACAUUUGGCAGCCAUAACAGCUGGUGCUGUGGUGACUGCUGUUGCGAUCUCCGCCAUGGUUGCGGUCUUGUUGCUUAGAAGAUACAGCAAGCAUAAGCGUGAGAUAUCUAGAAGACGGUCGUCCUCCAAAGCUUCGCUGAUGAAUUCUGUGAUAAGAGGCUUCAGUUUCAAAGAAGUAGCAGAGGCCACAGACGAUUUUAGCAGCUCAGCUUUGGUUGGACGUGGAGGCUAUGGAAAGGUUUAUAGAGGUGCGUUAUCUGACAAAACGGUUGUUGCAAUAAAGCGAGCAGAUGAAGGGUCUUUGCAAGGUGAGAAGGAGUUCUUGAAUGAAAUAGAGUUGCUGUCGAGGUUGCAUCAUCGGAAUCUAGUGUCACUAAUUGGUUAUUGUGACGAAGAAGGGGAGCAGAUGCUGGUGUACGAAUUCAUGCCAAAUGGCACCCUGCACGACUGGUUGUCUGCUAAAGGGAAGGAGACAUUGAGCUUUGGUAUGAGGGUUCGUGUUGCGUUGGGAGCAGCCAGGAGAAUUCGUUACCUUCACACAGAAGCCAACCCGCCAGUGUUCCACCGAGACAUCAAAGCCAGUAACAUCCUGCUUGACCCAAACUUCAAUGCCAAAGUUGCAGACUUUGGACUGUCCCGUCUUGCUCCUGCUUUGGAGGACGAAGAGGAUGUGCCUAAACACGUGUCCACGGUGGUUCGUGGGACUCUAGGGUACCUGGAUCCAGAGUACUUCCUAACACACAAGUUGAUGGACAAGAGCGACGUGUAUAGCAUUGGAGUUGUGUUCUUGGAGCUGCUGACUGGUAUGCACGCCAUAUCCCAUGGCAAAAACAUCGUGCGAUAGGUGAAGACGGCGGAUGAGAGGAAUAUGAUGGUGUCGUUGAUAGACAAGAGAAUGGAAUCGUGGUCGAUGAAAAGUGCUGAAAAUUUUGCUUCUUUGGCACUGAGGUGUAGCCACGACUCACCGGAUAUGAGGCUGGCGAUGAUUGAGGUGGUGAAAGAGCUGGAGGCACUUCUCCAUACAAUCCCCGAUAAGGAAGGAAGAGUGGAAACGACAUCGUCCUCGUAAGUGCUUUCAACAUCAUCUUCGAAUGUGACGAGAGACCUUUACGAGUCGGCGAGUCUUUUAGGUAGCGAUCUCAGCAGCGGCGUUGUUCCCAGCAUCGCCCCUCGCUGACACCAAAUCAUCAUCUCUGUACAAAUCCAAAUUUAACAAAUGAUCAAAGCUAGCUCUCUCACUUGCACUGUAAUAAUAUAUUUAUAUUCUCUUUUAUUCAAAAG